AUGAGAGAGCUUGCCAACAUUCCACUGUUACAGAUUCUCACCCUGGUUGCCUUCAGUGGGACUGAGAAACUUCCAAAAGCUCCUGUCAUCACCACGCCUCUUGAAACUGUCGAUGCCUUAGUUGAAGAAGUAGCAACUUUCAUGUGUGCCGUGGAAUCCUACCCUCAGCCCGAGAUUUCUUGGACCAGAAAUAAAAUUCUCAUUAAGCUGUUUGACACCCGCUACAGCAUCCGGGAGAAUGGUCAGCUCCUCACCAUCCUGAGCGUGGAAGACAGUGAUGAUGGCAUCUAUUGCUGCAUAGCCAACAACGGAGUGGGAGGAGCUGUGGAGAGUUGUGGCGCCCUGCAAGUGAAGAUGAAACCCAAAAUAACUCGUCCACCUAUUAAUGUAAAAAUAAUAGAGGGAUUGAAAGCAGUUCUACCAUGCACUACAAUGGGCAAUCCCAAGCCAUCCGUGUCCUGGAUCAAGGGGGACAGUGCUCUCAGAGAAAAUUCCCGAAUUGCAGUUCUUGAAUCUGGGAGUUUAAGGAUCCAUAAUGUGCAAAAGGAAGAUGCAGGACAGUACCGAUGUGUGGCAAAAAACAGCCUGGGGACAGCUUAUUCCAAGCUGGUGAAGCUGGAAGUUGAGGAAGACACUGAACCUGAGCAGGACACUAAAGUUUUUGCAAGAAUCCUGCGGGCUCCUGAAUCCCACAAUGUCACCUUUGGCUCCUUUGUGACCCUACGCUGCACAGCAAUAGGCAUCCCUGUCCCCACCAUCAGCUGGAUUGAAAACGGAAAUGCUGUUUCUUCAGGCUCCAUCCAAGAGAGUGUGAAAGACCGAGUGAUUGACUCAAGACUCCAGCUCUUUAUCACCAGGCCAGGACUCUACACAUGCAUAGCUACCAAUAAGCACGGAGAGAAAUACAGUACAGCAAAGGCUGCAGCCACUGUCAGUAUAGCAGAAUGGAGGAAAUCACAGAGAGACAGCAAAGGCUACUGUGCUCAGUACAGAGGGGAGGUGUGCGACUCGGUCCUGGGGAAAGAUGCUCUUGUGUUUUUCAACGCCUCCUACUCCGACCCUGAGGAGGCCCAAGAGCGGCUGAUCCACACUGCAUGGAAUGAACUGAAGGCUGUGAGCCAGUUCUGCAGGCCAGCUGCUGAGGCUCUGCUGUGUAACCACCUCUUCCAAGAGUGCGGCCCCGGAGUGGUACCUACUCCCAUGCCCAUUUGCAGAGAGUACUGCGUGGCAGUAAAGGAGCUUUUCUGUGCAAAGGAGUGGCUGGCAAUGGAAGGGAAGACCCACCAAGGACUCUACAGAUCUGGGAUGCAUCUCCUCCCGGUGCCAGACUGCAGCAAGCUUCCCAGCAUGCACGGGUAUCCCACAGCCUGCACAAGACUGCCAUAUUUAGCAUUCCCAUCAAUAGUGUCCUCCAAGCCGAGUGUGGACAUUCCAAAUUUGCCCUCCUCCACUUCUUCCUUCGCUGUCUCACCUGCGUACUCCAUGACUGUCAUCAUCUUCAUCAUGUCCAGCUUUGCCGUUUUUGCUCUUCUUACCAUUGCUACUCUUUAUUGCUGCCGAAGAAGGAAAGAGUGGAAAAAUAAGAAAAGAGAGUCAACAGCGGUGACCCUCACCACAUUGCCUUCUGAGCUCCUGCUGGAUAGGCUCCAUCCCAACCCCAUGUACCAGAGGAUGCCACUCCUUCUGAAUCCCAAGCUGCUCAGCCUGGAGUAUCCCAGGAAUAACAUUGAGUAUGUCAGAGACAUCGGAGAGGGAGCGUUUGGAAGGGUCUUUCAAGCAAGGGCUCCAGGCUUACUUCCUCAUGAACCUUUCACUAUGGUGGCUGUGAAGAUGCUCAAGGAGGAAGCUUCAGCAGACAUGCAAGCCGACUUUCAGAGGGAGGCAGCCCUCAUGGCGGAAUUUGACAACCCCAACAUUGUGAAGCUCUUAGGGGUGUGUGCAGUAGGGAAGCCAAUGUGUCUGCUCUUUGAGUACAUGGCCUAUGGCGACCUCAAUGAGUUCCUUCGAAGCAUGUCUCCUCACAGCGUAUGCAGCCUCAGCAACACUGAUCUGUCCACAGGGGCCCAGGUGUCCAGCCCCGGUCCUCCACCCUUGUCCUGUGCAGAACAGCUCUGCAUUGCUAGGCAGGUGGCAGCCGGCAUGGCCUACCUGUCAGAGCGCAAGUUUGUCCACCGGGACUUAGCUACCAGAAACUGCCUGGUGGGGGAAAACAUGGUAGUAAAAAUUGCAGACUUUGGCCUUUCCAGGAACAUCUACUCCGCAGACUAUUACAAAGCUAAUGAAAACGACGCCAUACCUAUUCGUUGGAUGCCGCCUGAGUCCAUCUUCUAUAACCGCUACACCACAGAGUCAGAUGUGUGGGCCUAUGGAGUGGUCCUCUGGGAGAUCUUCUCAUAUGGAUUGCAACCUUAUUAUGGAAUGGCCCACGAGGAGGUCAUCUACUAUGUGAGAGAUGGCAACAUCCUCUCCUGCCCUGAGAACUGCCCGUUGGAACUGUACAAUCUCAUGCGCCUGUGUUGGAGUAAACUGCCUGCGGAUAGACCCAGCUUCUGCAGUAUUCACCGGAUCCUGCAGCGCAUGUGUGAAAGAGCAGAGGGAAUGGUGGGUGUCUAA